GUUCUACUCGGAGCGACACUAGCGCUCCGGCCGGAAAGGAUCAACCGCCGGCAACCAGGUUUCGAGGUUUGUCUUGCUUCUAGAGUUCUACGUUCUACCACACACCGGGAAGGACUCCUUGGUCUCUACAGUUGGCAAGGAUGGGGUCUACUGAGAAUAAUUCACUCCAGUUUGCUGCUGAGCUACCAGAUGUUCCAGACAGUCUCAAAGACGAUGUUAUCAAUAUGGUGUCUAGAAUGGAAGAACACAUUUUAAAAAGAAAUGGCAAACCUUACAAUUGGGCUAUCAGUGAUUUUGAAAUAGGCUCUCCAAUGGGGCGUGGUAAAUUCGGUAGGGUGUACUUAGCUAGAGAAAAAACAUCUCAUGCGGUUGUAGCUCUAAAAAUGCUAUUUAAAUCUGAACUGAUGAAAUGUGGUUUGCAACAUCAAGUUAUUAGAGAAAUAGAAAUUCAGAGCCACUUAAAACACCCGAAUGUGUUGCAGAUGCUAACCUACUUCUACGAUGCCAAACACAUUUUUUUGGUUUUGGAAUUCGCUGCUGGUGGUGAGCUCUAUAAACAUCUCCAAAAACAGCCAGGGAAAAGAUUCAAUGAAAAAACUGCGGCUAAGUACACGUUCCAAGUUGCUGAUGCUCUUCACUACUGCCACCUUAACAAAGUGAUCCACAGAGAUAUAAAGCCAGAGAACUUGUUGAUGAAUAGUGAAGGGGAUAUAAAACUCGCUGAUUUUGGUUGGUCCGUCCACGCACCUUCUUCUCGACGGAAAACAAUGUGCGGCACACUGGACUACCUUCCACCGGAAAUGGUGAGGAAUAAAGAGUACAACGAGAAAGUGGAUAACUGGUGUCUGGGUGUUUUGUGCUAUGAAUUCUUGGUGGGCAAACCUCCUUUUGAAAGUGGUGAAUCAAAAGAAACUUUCAGGAAGAUUGUUGACGUCGCUGUUCCGUGGACGUCACGCAUCACUCCGGGACCGAAGGAUUUGAUAUCGAGACUCCUCAGAUACAGGCCUGAAGAAAGACUGGCCCUCACUGAAGUAAUGGAGCACUUUUGGAUCAUCAAGAACUACUCAGUUUCAAAUACUCAAAAUCAAAGUACUCAAAGUACUCAGGAAUAACUUCAUUCCUGUUUUCAGUUUUGCACACCAUCAUAUUUUCUGCUUCGUAAUGCCAAGAAUCUUUAUAGAGCUUAAAAGUCAGAAUAGGCCCUGUCUAAAACUAAUAUAACUCAUUGCAUUUUUUCUCAAACCAGUUUUCUUCUGGUAACGAGUUUAACUUUUUCUGUAAAUUCUUUUGCAUAAUAGAGGGAAUCUACUUUUCAUCAAAUUUAUUUAUAUAGCCCAAAUCAUUUGUAAAAUUUGUGUUUUUCUUGUGAUUCCCAUUUAUAAUAUUUCCAUAACUCCAAUGAAAAGUGUUGUGCCGUUAGUUAUAAAGUGUAUUGUCAUUUCUACUGUUUAGUAUCAAUUUGUUAUGCAGAACCUAGUUUCAAUUUGUUAAGUUAUUUGUAAAGUGUAAACAAGUUCGUUAUAUUACCAAAUAAAGAUAUGUUUUUAAAUAAAA